AUGCCCAAGUCCAACUCUGAUGCUGAUGAGAAUGACUCUCUCACUUCCGAUGAGGAGGCCGUUGGUCCUACCAUUGGUCGUGUUGAACUCCAAGGUGUGCAGUCUGCGCCCGCUGCUCUUGCCGGGGAGGAGGGGUCAUACAGGAAGUUGAAGGGGGAGGCAGCUCACUUCAGCCUCCGAGACCGAUUGCAAAGUUCAGGUCAUCAGUUAACAAGGCAUGCAAUUACCAAAUUUGUUAUAUCUAUGAACCGAGCGCAAUCUGCGUUGCUUGAUAUCGCACCUGGUACUGAGCCUGGAGCUGACCCUCGAAAGAGCACUACGGCAGAGUUGUUCGGCCAUAUCAAGGCUAACUGUCAGAUUGAAAUAUGCGAGUAUGGCCCCAGCAAGGCCAGGUUUACCAACUAUGACAACAAGUCGUUCAUCGACUGGCUGAAAUUGAAUGAUGCUUCUACCAAACGGGAAAUUUGGAAUAAGGUCCGCUGGAUCAAUAUUGCCGGUGUAUCAUGGGACAUCAUUAGUGCUCUGGCUCUCCACUAUGGCUUACAUCCACUCGCCAUUGAAGACGUUCUUCAUGGCCGCAAGAACGCGCGCUCCAAGGCCGAUUAUUAUACCAAACACUUAUUUGUCCAUGUCUUGACCCACAAACUCGCUCGACAGGAGGGUGAAUCGGAGGACUCUGACGACAUGGCUCAGACGGAAGAACCACUGUCCAUACGGACAUCGCGGACAUCCUCGACUGUUGAUCGCCAAGGGUUCUAUGAGUCCGGGGAUGACGGCAUGGGCUAUAAUAAGAAGGGAACGGGCGACUCUGCUCGAAAGAAACCACGACCACGGAACAGCAUUCUGACUGCCCAUCGCGCCAAUAGCAACGAAAAGGCUAUUGAUGAGUUGAAGAAAGGGUUUGGGCGAGUAUAUGUGGAUGUUUCCAGUGCUUGGAUGUUUUUGCUUAGAGAUGGUACUCUCAUAUCCAUCAAUCAAAACACAAGUAAGCCGUUUGGGGCUUCUGUCGCCGACCGCCUUCGCGUGCGAGACACCGUACUACGUUCUUCAGGUGACGCAUCCCUGUUGCUAGAGGGUUUGCUUGACCUGGUUGUGGACGAUGCUGUGGAAGUCGUGCCUAAUAUGAAGACCGUGCGAGGCCUGCACAUUAUAUCCGGAGACUUAACCCUGCACAAGCGCACCCUUGGGCCACUGUCUCAGUUAGUGUACGGAUUGCGGCGUUAUGAUCUCGACCGCUGCAAGGCGACACUCGCAGGAUCCGCUGGGCGCGAAGGCGAAGUAGUGGGAUUUUUGUCUCAUCAAGCGAAGGUAUAUCUCGCAGAUGUUCAUGAUCACGUCGAGUACAUCAUGAGCUCACUCGACAUGUUCACAUCCAUUGCUGAGAAUCUUAUCAAUUAUACAUUCAAUAUUGUUUCCUACGAAACCAACCAAGUCAUGCGUGGUCUUACGAUCGCUACUGUGAUAUUCUUCCCUUUAACUUUCUUGACUGGUUACUUUGGAAUGAACUUCCACAUAAUGCCGUCUGUACAAGAUCAUUCAGAAACGAUGUUCUGGGAGAUAGCCAUACCGGUGAUGACUGUGGUUGUUGCAGCGUUCAUGUUUCCCGAUAUACAGAAGCUGGUCCAUUUUAUUAAGAAGCGUAUGGCUACUCGAAAAUACGAUAUCCUCCACUCAUACCCGGAUUCAGGCGCAUUGACGGCAUUUCGUGAUCAGCCACCGUUCUUAUUGGUUAAUAUGGGAGCACCCAGCGAAUGCGUUGGUUGUGGCCUCAUGUUGGUCGGACUUCUUGCCGUUUCCUUUGGGACCGACAAAGUGGACCUGUGGGCUAUUGACCCACUUGUAAGAUGGCUCAUCGGCACCGUCCUCGCACUGCUCAUCAUACGGUAUUGGAACUGGCCCGGCAGUCGCUACAAAGACAUGCCCCCUGGUAAUAAAUUAGCCCCUAUAUUCGUUCUCGCUCGAGCUAACCUGUCUGGCAACAUCCUAGGACCUCGUUCUUUGCCAAUUGUGGGCAACGCGCAUCAGUUGAAGCACAUUGACGUAUAUGCACAGCUUCGAGAUCUGAACGAAAAGUACGGGCCAUUGGCUUCGCUCAAGAUUGGUUCUAGCAAUAUGAUCGUCGUUGGUGGUGACGGGUCACUUGUUAGGCAGUUGCUUGACAAACGAGGCGCGAUUUAUUCCAAUCGGCCACUAGAGCUCGUAAGCCAAAUUGCGGGUCGUGGCGACCACCUCUUAUUUCAACAAGACACGGAUAAAUGGCGUAAUGCUAGGAAGUUGAUCGUGCAACAUUAUGCCCCUCGUGCAGUUAAGACCGAACAUAUUCGACUUCAAGAGGCAGAGAGCACUCAACUAGUACACGACUUUCUUCAUAAACCCAAAGAUUUUAUGCGUCAUCCGAUGAGAUACACCACUAGCGUCAUCACUUGCCUGAGAGCCAAGCCACCUGUGGAAAACUUCCCAUUGCUUUGGCAUGUCCAGUAUCUACCAGACUCCAUGAUGAUGAACUGGAAAUCUCGAACAAAGAAGAUUGGAGAGCUCAUGGACAAAGUUUAUGGAGACCUUGCCGAGAUCGCAUGGGAGCGAGGAAUCAAUGGACUUAAUACCAACACUCUGGCAUAUAAGAUUCGAAUGAAUGAAGAUAAUAACGGCCUUACUCGGCACCAACAGGCCUAUAUUUGUGGUAUUGUUCUCGAGGGAGGCUCCGACAUUGUUGCGGGUGUGAUUUGCUCGUGUAUACUUGCAUUGAUCCAAGACACCGGACGACAAAAACGGGCCAGAGAUGAAAUUGAUCGCCUUUAUGAUGAAGACACUCUCCCAAAAUAUGAAGAUGAGCAAGAGAUGCCGUUUGUAAGAGCAGUUAUCAAGGAGGUGUUGCGCUGGCGACCGCCUCUCCCUGCUGCCGUUCCCCAUCGACUUGAACAGGAUGACUACUAUGAAGGCUACUACAUUCCAAAGGACUCGUCGAUAAUUUGCAACAUUUGGGCAAUCCAUUCCAAUCCAGAUCGGUACGAAGAUCCACACCUAUUCAAGCCAGAGCGCUUCCUCGAUCACACAAUGUCUAUGGCGGAUUCGAUCGCGCAAGGAGAUCCAUUCAAGCGCGAUCAUUUCGCUUUUGGAGCUGGUCGACGCACCUGCCUGGGUGUUCAACUCGCUGAACAAGAUAUUUUCCUUGCUCUUUCGAAGCUUCUUUGGGCAUUUGAGUUCUCUGCCCCUCCCGGCACAUAUGUGAAUACCGAACAAAGUGCCUGGUUUGGAGAAGGUGUGCGUCGCCCCAAGGACUUCCCAUUGGUCAUUACCCCGCGUUCGGAAAGACGCAAAGCAACAAUUGAAAGAGAGAUGGAAGUGGCCAGGCAAAGUGUAUUCUCUCUUUACGGUUCUUACAAGUAG